UUAUACUUGGCACAAUGCAGUCAGGCAAGUACCGUUCUCCUGGCAACCACCAAACCCAGACAUGUCCAUCAAAUUCCAGUGGUGGCGGGCUACACACCACUGCUUCCGACACUUUGCAUUGCACUUGGUGCACUUUGUGCCUGAGUUGCUGUUGUUCCCAGUUGCUUCCACUUUGUUAUAAUACCAGUUGAUAAUGGAAUAUUUAGUAGCAAGGAAAUUUCACGGAUGGACUUAUUGCACAGGUGGCAACCUAUCAUGGUACCACGCUUGAAUACACUGAGCUCCUGAGAGCACCCGAUUCUUUCACAAAUGUUUGUAAAAGCAGUCUGCAUGCCUAG